AUAAUAAUUAACGCCCGUUUGGUGAGAGAGAAAGAGAAAGAGAAAGAGAGAGAAAGAAGUGCCGAGAAUGGGUAAGGUAGCUGCGUCGGAGAUGAGGAACACCAAGAAGAAGAAGAAAGGACGUCCCUCUCUCUUAGAUCUCCAAAAACGCAAUCUCAAACAACAACAACAACAACAAGACCAACAUCAUCACAACCAUCAACAAACCCUAAUUUCUUCUACCCCCAAUUCCAACCCCCCAAAUCGUCGAUCCACUCGCCGAGACCCUAAUCUCGCCGGCGUAUCUCCGGCCUCCUCCGAGGAUGACAACGACGACGACGAUGACGACGAGCGCAAAGAGAAAAAGGUGAAGCUUGUGGUUCGUUUGCCCCCUUCGAAUCACCAUUACUCUCAACCUAGAUCCUUGAAUUCGGCUGAUUCUAAUGCCGAUUGCGAGAGUCACGAGGCUUCUCUCAAGAAACCUAAAAUCGCCGGAGACAGAUCUGGUGGAGACCUCCCUCUUCCUCCUCCUCCUCCUCCUGCUGAUCAGGUUGAAAAGGGUCAGAAAGCGACGGACACUCUAAAUGGGUCGCCCUUGGACUCCGGACCCACAACACCUUUGCCAGACAAAAAGUUGUUGGUGUUCAUUCUUGACAGGCUUCAAAAGAAAGACACUUAUGGGGCCUUCUCAGAACCUGCUGAUCCGAACGAGCUUCCUGAUUACCAUGAAAUUAUUCAGCGCCCAAUGGAUUUUCGAACCGUCAGGAAGAAACUAGAGGAGGGGCGUUAUUCCAACUUGGAUGAGUUUCAGGCAGAUGUUUUCUUGAUAUGUUCAAAUGCAAUGUUGUAUAAUGCUUCAGAUACCGUUUACUUUCGACAGGCCCGGUCCAUACAAGAGCUGGCAAAAAGGGACUUUGAAAAUUUGAGACAAGUCAAUGAUGAUGGUGAACCACAACCAAAAAUUGUGAGGAGAGGCAGACCACCUAGCAAGAAUUCGAAGAAGUCUUUUGGCAGUCCUCCAUUUGAGCGUGUUGGUCCUGAGUCUUCCUCUGAUGCAACUCUUGCUACUGGUGGUGAUAAUGUGAUUGGGCCCAACUCUUUCAAUCUGAGAAGAGGACCUUCACCAUUCAGGUUUCGGUCCAAUGAUGCAUUGUUAAGGACCUCUCACCAAUCUCGCAAUAAUGAAACAUAUGUUGACUUGUCAUCUGAAUGGAAUAGUGAAUUUCCAGCGUCUAUUUUGAAGGCUGAGGCGAAAUAUGGGAAGAAACAAUUUUCCUUAGAUGAGAACAGGCGUGCCACCUACAAACAAUUCCAUCCUUCAGGGAAUGAGACUUUUGUAUUGACUACCCUCAAUGGAGACAUGAAGCCAUUAAUGGGGGUGGGUCUACAUUCGGAGCAUGGUUAUGCGAGAAGCCUAGCUCGAUUUGCUGCAAAUCUUGCGCCCGCUGUUUGGAAAAUCGCUUCCAAGAAAAUUGAGAGUGUUUUGCCUAAUGGAGUAAAGUUUGGUCCUGGAUGGGUAGGAGAAAAUGAUGCAUUACCACAGCCACCAUCUACAUUACCUGAGCAGAGAUCCUCAAAUAACCCAGCGCAUGAUGGGCAUUCACUUGGACCAAUAACCAUGUCAGUCAAUUCUGUGGGCACGCACAGGUCUUCUUUGCCUCGUAAAGAAGAAAUGGCUGAAGCGGUCAGUGGACAAAAUUCCAUUAGCCCUGGAACUUCCUUCCACGCUCAGCAGAAACACAUGCUAAAUCCUGGUAGGAAUGGUUUGAAUGGUGUGUCGGGUUAUGAUCUUUCGUCUCAAAUGGGGAUGGUAAGAACAAUGCCAACAAUUCGGUCUGGGUUGGAAGAGGCUUCGGUGCCUUCUCCAAUGCUCGGUGUGGUUUCCAGAAGCAACACAUUGUCAUCGUUGACUCCUACAAUGGUGGCAAACCAAACAAUUUCAGAACCCAAGUUGCCAGAAAAUCCUGGAAGUACACCUGAAGUGGCAGCGCUUUCUGGGGUGCAACCUUGGCAACAUCGACAGUAUUCUCUUCCGGUACCACCUGACCUGAAUGUAAGAUUCCAGGGACCGGGCUCGCCUAGUUCUUCUAGUUUUCGUAUCGGUUCACCGCAGCAGCCAGAUUUAGCAUUGCAGCUAUGAAAUCAAGAUUGGAUAUUUUCUAAUUUGACUUUUGGCAAGGAUAGGAGGGAGGUUGCAGCAGCUUCUCAGAAUAAUAAGUGGAUUAAAAUUUCUGUACUGAUGAUGAUGGAUAUGAUGGGCAACCCCAGAUUGGUGUUUCAAGUGAUUAUAGCAUAGUGUAGGGAGGAGAAGUGUUGUACAGAUUAAUAUGCACCAAUUUUUUAGGUUAAAACAGAGAAGCUUUUUUCUGUAGUAAGAUCUGUAUUGGUUUAGUGAGAUACUUUAAAUUAAUUCUCAAUAAUUAAAAAAAGAAAAAAAGGUAGAAGUAUUACAUCAUUAAUGUUGAUUGAAUAGCUUAAUGUAUCAUUUAGAUGAUGUUGGUCCUGUUUGGUCAAAGCUUGCAGCUUAUAGGUUUUUGUUUUUGUUUUUUGUUUUUUUAUUCUAUACUGCUGCAGUGUAUACUUAUAAGUUAUGAGACAGAAUAAGUUUAAAAAA